CCCAACACACAGUCACACAGUAACGGCAGCUAAUUUUAUUUUCUGAUAGUUAACAAGAGAAGCUCAAGAAAAAUAAAAAUGCAGGAAUCUUCAUCAACAUCAGCUUCUGAUGAUACUUUCACUAAGGAUGAUUCAGAUUCCUUAGCCAUUUUAAGAUCUUUUCCGCCGGAGCUCAUCACUGAAAUCCUCCUGAGGCUGCCGGCGAGAUCCCUCUUGAAAUUCAAAUGCGUUUCGAAAUCCUGGCGUUCCCAAAUCUCAAGCCCUCAAUUCACAAAAUCCCAUUUCGAAAUCAGCAGCUCAAACCCCGACCACCGCCGCCUUCUCAUGUGGAGUAUAUUUCAGGGCUAUUAUUACCUUAGACAAUGCUCUGUAAAUACUCUAUUCUGUGAUGAUUUCAGCAGCGAUGGAAUUGACCUGGAGAAUCCAAUCAAACGCCAUGAUCGGUACGUUUCUUAUGUUGGUGAUUAUCAGGGGUUGAUUUGCGUUUGUGUUGGUAGAAAAACCUUGUUUUUGUGGAACCCAACUCUUAGAAAAUGGAAGAAAUAUCCUCAUUUUCAUGUCGGAUUGAAUCGGAAGCUGGAACCUUAUUAUGUUGUGUUUGGAUUUGGGUAUGAUGAGACUAACGAUGAUUAUGUGGUAUGCUCUGUUGUUUGUCAUCGCGGGUUUCUUGAUCUCGCUAUCGGGGAGGCUAAGGUUUAUGUCUGCGGUUUAAAGGCUCGAUCUUGGAGGAGAAUUCAGAGCUUUGAAGGUGGUGGUCAUCCAUGGGAGGAUAACAGGGCUAUCUUUCUUAAUGGCAAAUUUCAUUGGACAUUGGAGAAGAAAAGAUCAGGCAAAAUUGUUACCAUGGAUUUAGCUACAGAGACAUAUGGAACAAUUGAUGAGCCUAAAAACGGAAAGGGUCCUGGAAAAUUGGGGAUUUUCGAAGGUUGUCUUUGCAUUCUUGCUAAUAAUAAGCAUCUUGGGCAUUCUGAAUUUUUUAUUAUGAAGGAAUACGGUGUGAAAGAGUCUUGGACUAAAGUGCUGAACAUCCAUUGUAAUCCGAUGAGAAAUUUCAUGUCCGUACCAUUUUGUGCUUCGAGUUUGAUGGAAGAUGAGUUCUUGAUGAUACUUGGUAGAGAACUUGGAUUGUAUAAUCAAGAGAACAAUGGAUUUAAGCAGGUGAAGGAUUUCUUUGGGACAAUUUACACUGCUAAUCUUUUUGUUGAAAGCUUGAUUAUGCCAAUGUAG